CGCGGGAGGAGGCAUGGCGUUCCGGCAGGCUCUGCAGCUAGCGGCCUGCGGGCUGGCAGGAGGCUCGGCCGCCGUGCUCUUCUCGGCAGUAGCGGUGGGCAAGCCGCGGGGGGGCGGGGACGCAGAGCAGCGCGGGGGCGAGCCGCCGGCCUGGGCUGCGCGGCCGAAGCCCGGAGUCUGGGACCCCAACUGGGACAGGCGAGAACCACUUUCUCUAAUCAACCUCAGAAAGAGAAAUGUGGAAUCUGGAGAAGAAGAACUAGCAUCCAGGCUGGACCACUACAAAGCCAAGGCCACAAGGCACAUUUUCCUCAUCAGGCAUUCCCAGUAUCAUGUGGAUGGCUCCGUGGAAAAGGACCGAACUCUAACCCCACUGGGCCGGGAACAGGCUGAACUUACGGGACUCCGACUUGCAAGCUUGGGGUUGAGGUUUAAUAAGAUUGUCCAUUCCUCCAUGACACGUGCUGUUGAGACCACGGACAUCAUCAGCAAGCACCUGCCAGGUGUCUGUAGAGUCAGCACAGACCUGCUUCGGGAAGGUGCCCCCAUUGAGCCUGACCCACCUGUGUCUCAUUGGAAGCCAGAUGCUGUGCAGUAUUAUGAAGAUGGAGCCCGGAUUGAGGCUGCUUUCCGGAACUAUAUCCACAGGGCAGAUGCCAAGCAAGAAGAGGAUAGCUAUGAAAUCUUCAUAUGUCAUGCCAAUGUCAUUCGCUACAUUGUGUGCAGAGCCCUACAGUUUCCUCCAGAAGGUUGGCUCCGACUCUCACUCAACAAUGGCAGCAUCACUCACCUGGUGAUUCGACCCAAUGGUCGUGUUGCUCUCAGAGCCCUUGGAGACACAGGAUUCAUGCCCCCUGAGAAGAUCACCCGGUCCUGAGACUACCAGUGAGAUCUUUUUCAAGUGGCAUCCUGACUCCAGCCUUCCUUUCCCUGUCCAGGCAGCACUCCAGUGUCAUUUUGUGUUUCAAGGAAGAGGCUGGCAGGAAAGUAUACAAAUGUCUUAUGUUGUAUUUGGGUGCUUAUUUUUGGCCCAAGCUAAAAAGGGAAACCAUUAUGGCUAGUGGCUUCUCUAUGUGCCCUCUCCAGAGCAACCCUGUGGGGUAUGGGGCAAAAAAUUCUCAGGCAAAAGGCAGGCUUGUUCUGGGGACUGAACUUGGCUUUAUUGUGAUUUGCACUAAGGUCCUGACCACAGUUGCCCAACAAUCCCCAGUCCCCAUUGAGACAAGAUGAUGAGGUUUUGUUCCCAGCUCAUUUUGCUCAUUUCUGAAAACUUGUCAUUUAAAUACUUUCGAGAUUUUCUUCACUUGGAGUCUUGCUUUAAAAGGCAGUUUCUCAGUCCAGAGUAAAACAUUUUAAUACUUGGGUUUGAACAAGAAGUAUCUAUGUGCAGGUAGACCUGAGCCUUGGGGGAAGGAAUAAAGAUGUGGAGAAGCUUGUGGCCUGCUCCUUUGAGAGGUAGAAGGUAGAUAACAGUCUUGUUUUCUGGAGCCAAUAAAAUAUCUUGGCCUGGCUGGAACAUAGUGACUUAUACUGUAAUCCUAGUACUUGGGAAGACUGAGGCAAGAGGAUCUUGAAGUUAGUCUGGACUGUACAAUGAGGCCGUCUCAAACAGAAGUACCCAGGACUGAACUUGCCACUGGCUUCUGUUAAUGUUUGGGUGUGUGGGUUAAAAUACUUAGAAAUGACAAAUAUUUAGAAAUGACAAGUUUACCCCAAAUAUUAAAGAAAAAUUAUAUAAUUUCUUUCUAUAUGGUAGAAAUGCUCUCACAAGUGCAUUUUCUGUAAUCAGUACAAUGAAUUGGGAUAUUUGAUUGUUUUCUUUGUAAAUAACUAUGUAAUAAAGCUUGUGUUUUUGUUUUUU